GGUGUCUCCGCGUCGCUGGGUGGGACUUGGCUCCGUGGCCAUGGGCAAGCAGAACAGCAAGCUGCGGCCCGAGAUGUUGCAGGACCUGCGGGAGAACACGGAGUUCUCAGAGCUGGAGCUGCAGGAGUGGUACAAGGGCUUCCUCAAGGACUGCCCCACAGGAAUCCUCAACGUGGACGAGUUCAAGAAGAUCUACGCCAACUUCUUUCCCUAUGGUGACGCCUCCAAGUUUGCCGAGCACGUCUUCCGCACCUUUGACACCAACAGCGACGGCACCAUAGACUUUCGGGAGUUCAUCAUUGCGCUGAGCGUGACCUCACGCGGUCGCCUGGAGCAGAAGCUCAUGUGGGCCUUCAGCAUGUAUGACCUGGACGGCAAUGGCUACAUCAGCCGGGAGGAGAUGCUGGAGAUCGUGCAGGCCAUUUACAAGAUGGUUUCGUCCGUGAUGAAGAUGCCGGAGGACGAGUCGACCCCAGAAAAGAGGACUGAGAAAAUCUUCCGCCAAAUGGACACAAACAACGACGGCAAGCUGUCCCUGGAGGAGUUCAUCCGCGGAGCCAAAAGCGACCCGUCCAUCGUGCGCCUGCUGCAGUGCGACCCCAGCAGCGCCUCCCAGUUCUGAGAGGAGCCAGUUCUCCCUUCCUCCCUCCCUUCACCGUCUCCCUCCCGGCUCUUAGCUUCCUCUCCCUUGUGUGUAUUCUGGCUGGGGGCCAGAUUGGGGAAGCCCUUCUCCCCGGGUCUGCUCUGUGGGGGGCUUCCGGAAAAGGGAACCCUGCGGUACCCCCAGGCCAAAGCAAGUAAGGGGUUAGCACCCCCCAAUCCCAGAGGCAACAAUAGAGACACAGGCUGGGUUGGUCUGCCCCUCAGUCAGGUCCCCUUACCCACCCACCAGCCCCGAGGCCAGACGCCUCCCCCAAAGGGGCAGUCUCCCCGUCUUGCAGAUCUCAGCUUGGGGGGUGGGGGAGUCAUGCCCAGGGGAGGAGCCUUUUUAUCUGGAGGGGAGAGAAGGAUUCUAGGGGUGUGGAGUUGGAGAAAGAGAGUUCUUUGAGCCACCCUUCCCACCCCAGCCCUUGCUGGUCUCCAGGCCAAGCCACCAAGUGAAACCUUCCAGGAUACUAGCCCGCCAGGUGUGGGUCCCAGAAAGCCCGCCUGCCUUUUAGCACUUGGAUACACACAGACCCACGGAGCUCUCUGUGUUUUGCCUCUCACACACAUACAGGCCCACAGACAGAUGGGCAAAUGCACCCAGAACCCCAUGCACAGCGUCCUGCGUGAGAAAGAGACACGGCCCCCUGGUUGAGCCCCUGUCCUCCCCUCUGUCCCCCCAUUCGCCCCCCCACCCCCGCAUGCAGCCAAAUGGAGCAUCUCUGUUCUUUUUAAUAAUUUCAGAAUAAAGUCUCAUUUCAGUGCA